AUGUCCGCGGUGACCUGCUGCCGUCAGCACCCGCUGCGGCCCCUAAAACUCCUGAUACAAUGCCGACCAUUCUCUACAACCCCCACCCACUUCGUCACCCCGCGAAAAGUCCCCAAGCCGACCCUCCUCCCCGGUGCUGCUGGGGUUACUGAAACUUCUUCUCUACCGUUACUCCACAACUCUCCAGUAGCUGCAUUACUCCGACGUCGUGAUCCAUUCCGUACCGGUGUCAUCGCUCGCAAGAAGGGUAUGACCGCCCUCUUCGAUGCGAAGGGUACCAGAACAGCUUGCACAAUCCUCCAACUCGACCGUUGUCAGGUCAUGACAAACAAAACCCGUCAGGACCAUGGAUAUUGGGCUGUUCAGGUCGGUGCCGGUGAAAGGAAUCCCAAAAACGUUACAAAACCCAUGUUGGGACACUUUGCGAAAUGUGAGACCAGUCCGAAGCAGGUUAUUAAAGAGUUCAGAAUCAGGGACGAGAGGGGACUUAUGAAACCGGGGACUUUGAUUAAUGCAAACUGGUUUCGAAAGGGCCAAUUGGUCGAUUUGAGGGCCAAGAAUAAAGGAAAGGGGUUUGCUGGUGGUAUGAAAAGGCACGGUUUCUCUGGUCAACCUGCAUCCCACGGUAACUCUUUGAUGCAUAGAGCUAUGGGUUCCGCCGGUCAGUCGCAGGGUGGUGGUUCUCGUGUGCUUCCCGGAAAGCGCAUGGCCGGUAGAAUGGGUGGUGAACAUGUCACCAUUCAGCUCGCUAAGAUCCUGGAUGUGAAUAACCAGCUAAAUACAGUCGUUGUUAAAGGGUGUGUUCCUGGUCCUAUUGAUGGGAUUGUCACAAUACAAGAUGCUAGGUUAUCUCACCCCCCCAGUAUUUCCACCUCAUAUCGGAAAUCUAUGAUCAGCCCUAGCAAGAAGACACCACCACCCACGGAAGGAAAGACUGAGGUUUUAGUUGCAGCUGCGUAA